GGGGGCUACCUCGUCGACGUGGAGACGGAAACCAUCGUCGCGCCCACGGCGUGGUACGCGCCGUACUUUGCCUCCAUGCAAGCGCCGCUCGUGGGGCAGCGUGUCCCCGGCGCGCGCGAGGCUUGCCUCAAGGCGAUGGCGGCGCACGACGCGUCCGAGCUAGAGUGGCUCACUUGCGUCGGCUGGGACGCGAUGAUCACCGACGAGGGCCCGACCUUCUUCGAGGGCAACGUGGCCGCGUACCGCACGCCGCGUCGCAUGGCCCUCUCGCUCUCGCUCGCAGACGGCUUCCGCAGCUGGAUGGCGACGCGCGGGAAGCGGUCGGCAGCCGCGUGA